AUGAGCUACGCCAAUGGUACCUCGAUACGCUUCAAGGACUGCACGCCAGAGAUUUGUCCCUAUGAGCAUUCAUACUACGACUACCGGAUCUGGCUUGUUCCCAACGUCAUCUUCGCGGCUAUAUUCGGGGUGUCGCUCGUUGCGUACAUCAGCACCUACAUUCGCACGCGUCGUAGCGGCGUCUUCACCAUCGCCAUAGUUCUGGGUCUUGUCGUAGAGAUCGACGGCUACGUAGGCCGUAUACUGAGCUGGAACAACCAAUGGAGCAGCACGGCGUUUAUCAUGCAGGUCACGAGUCUGACCUUCGCGCCGGCGUUUUUGGCUGCUGGCAUCUACGUCUGUCUCAGAAAGAUCGUGAGCGCAGUAGGGCCCGAGAACUCUCGAAUCCGUCCGGAACUAUACACUCGUAUUUUUAUCCCGUGUGAUAUCAUCUGUCUCUUUACUCAAAGCAUAGGGGGCACAUUCUCCGCCAUUGCUGCCUCCAAGCACAAGGACACCAACGUGGCCGACAAGGUGAUCAUCGUGGGCCUGGCACUGCAAGUCGUGACGCUCUUCGCAUUUAUAGCGGUAGCAACGGACUUCGGAAUCCGCACGAUGCUGCGGCGCCAGCACCUCGGCUCCGCAGCGCUCGACCAGAACCCCGCCAUGGUCGCCGUGCGCGGCUCGUGGCUCUUCAAAGGCUUCAUUGCCGCUCUCACCGUCAGCACCAUCGCCAUCUUCAUCCGUUGUGUUUUUCGCCUGGUCGAGCUUUCCGGUGGCUACCACGGACCGAUCACGGCGCGCCAGGACCUGUUCGUCGCCUUCGAGGGCGUCAUGCUCUCCGUCGCCGUCCUCGUCCUGAACGUCUUCCACCCCAGCCUGUGCUUCGGCCCGGCCCUGGACGCAGACCUCCACCUGGCCAGGAAGGCGUCCAUCAACAGCGACAAGAACGUCCUCAUGGGCACGAGUCUGGGUCCUGACUUUUACGAUGCCCCUCCUAAGCUCAGCUCAUCGACGAGCUUUGAUGAGGGCACGCGGGUAGGCCAGAAUCCGUAUGCGCGAUAUGGGGGGUACCGCGGGGCCGACCGCAUGGGACGUGCCGUGUAG